CCAAUAUCCUCUUAUGGGGUUUGGCCAAUCAGCGCCGAUGGCUAGCUGGGUUGCUAUCACCUGCAGCCUCCUGGUGCCAGGGCAUGCCGCUGAUCUCGCCUGCACCUCAAGUAUAAACCUGGCUUGCGCACGGCGCGGCAGAGAGGAUAUGAAGGCAGAGUGCCUAACUGGCAACUUCACUGCGCAAGAAGGUCGUUUGACUUACGCCAGUGGCUUUGAAGAAGGCUAUCUAGCUGGAAAGGAGGCAGCGCGUUCCAAGAAACUCACGUGGAGUCAGUAUGCUGUUUCCAUUGUUGUCGACCUGGUCCUUCUUUGGAUUGUAUUGGUGAGCUUUGCGCGACUGGAGCGCAUGUUCUAUGCGCCCAAACAGGAGAAGGUGAUUUGGGGCCAUGGAGCCGCCACCAUGAACUUUUCCGGGGCGGAGCCUGGUUUGUUGCAGAAAGCCUGGGAGAAACUCUUUCCAAGUCGAUCUGGCGCCUUUGUACCGCGCAAUGUGAGCGAGGCGUAUGAAGCUGCCAGGCAGCAUCAACGGCAGACCAGCUAAGAAUGAGUUGAGGUAUAGUACC